AUGUCCGUCUCAACCAAGCAGGAGGAGGCUAUCAAGCGGAACCCGCACCCGGACUUCAACGGAGUCCAGGCCUCGCGGCCGGACUGGGACAAGGAGUCGCGCUUCCGGUACACGAAGACGGCGGACCCGUCGUGGACUCUCGGGUCCGGGGCCAACGCUACCCGCGCGCCGGACGCCGGCGACAGGAAGCACGUGUGCAUCGACCCGUACGAGGCGGGCCGCCCGGCGCCCUUCAACUACAAGCUGCUGAUCUCGGGGAUCGUGCCGCGGCCCAUCGGCUUCGUGUCGUCGCUAUCAGCCGACGGGAAGACGCGGAAUUUGGCCCCUUUUAGCUACUUCAACAUGGUCAACCACGACCCGCCGCUGUUCGUCGUGGGCAUCGCGUCCGGCCUCGCGACCCCGAAGGACACGCUCCGCAACCUGGUCGAGAGUCAGGAGUGCGUGGUUAAUAUUAUUGGCGAGGACUUCGUUGAGGCGGCUAACGCGACGAGCGUUGAUGCCCCGUACGAUGUGUCCGAGUGGGAUAUCAGCGGGCUGACGCCCGUGUUUGAUACUGUCGAUGUGAAGGCCCCGCGGGUGCGGGAGGCGGUGUUCAGCGUGGAGUGCAAGCUCGAGAGCGUCCGCGAGUUCGAGAGCAGGGCGACGCCGGGGAAGAAGAGCGGCUGCCUUGUCGUGCUUGAGGGCACGCGCUUCUGGGUGCGCGAGGACGCGCUGAAUGAGGAGCGCAAUUUGAUCGAUCCCGAGGUGCUGCGGCCGAUUAGUAGACUGGGAGGGAUCACGUACGGCCGCGUGACGGAGGCUAUGGAGAUUCUGAGGCCGAGCUUCGAGAAGGAUGUUGGUGGGAGGGAGGGCUAUGAGAAGUUGAAGAAGACGAAUGGGGACGGGUCUAAGUGA